AUGAGUGAUGCUUCUCUGAAGACCCCUCGCCUCGGGUCCCAAACUCCGGACGAUCCAAACCCCAGUCCGCCUGCCGAUGGUUCAGAGGGAGAGGAGGAUCUUUAUGGCGAGGAUGCUGCUCAAUCUUUCAUCCAGCCGGCUUUGAGUCCGGUUGUGACAUAUCUUACGUCGCCCAAGACCCCGGCCGCCGAGAAGGCAGCUGCGAUGGAUAAGAUCAUCGACGGCUAUUUCAACGACGCCGGAGCAAGCAAGGAGCAUAAAUCCAUGGACCAAGUAAUCGCCGGGUAUUUCGAUGGCGCGAGUAUAAGUAGGGAGAAUUCAUCGGGUGAUGACACGCCAACACGGGAACAGCCACGACGCCAGGGAGAUGACAAGACACAGGACAGGGCUGCUGCUGAGCCCACAUUGCCGCCAAAGACGUCAAUACCGCCGCCCCAGCCGCGACCUAUGGAGCCUUUACCGACGCCUUGGAAAACAGGUCCUAAGGAGAUCGUCGUGACAUCCUCAACCUCAGAGAGCCACAAACCAGCUUUGGCAAGCGUGUUUUCUCAGUCACGGCAUCGGAGGUCCUCUUCUGGUGGAGCAGAGGCUUUGAGGCGGCUGUCCAAAGCUCUCCCUUCAAUAUCUCUGCCCACCAACUUCAUGCCCAACCGCCUGCCCACUCCCUCCUUCUUUUCCUCGGCUUCCACAUCGUCGAGGUCAGAGUCGAGAGAUCCGACGCCGAAGCACACGCCACUCUCCCAAUCUCCGCGACUUGGGAACUCCGGGCAGGCCAGUACGUUCCCAAUGACCAUCCCGAGCAAGCCGUCGCCCUCUCAGCGUGACGCGAACAGAAACACAGGGAUCACUCGUCGACCGUCCAAUGUGUCUAGGAAAUCAUUGGCUCUCAGGAGAUCAACGUCUGACGACUCCAUGCUGUACCACUCGCUAUCGCGCAUGUCUUCGUUUGGUGAUGACCAGCGGUUCACGCACGUGCGUGAGCAGGUCAAUUCGAGAUUCAAGGCAAUCGUGGAUUCCUUUGAUACGCCCUCAUUCAAGUUACCCAGCAUACCAAGCACUCUGCUGUCUCCUCUCAAGAAGAGCGAGUUCUCGGCGUCAGAGAUCAAUCUCGAUUCCAGCAGAUCAGGCUCCAUGAGGACCAUCAAGGGUCCCAGGGAUCCGCUGGAUAGUGUUCUUGAGCAUCUCACAGGUGACCUCGUCAUCAUGGGUGGAUACCGGGGUUCGAUCCUCCGGUCUGCUGAACCGCCACAUAGACAGCUAUGGGUGCCCAUGAAAGUUGGCUUAAAAGUGAGGAAAGUCAACCUCGAAGUCGGACUAAAUCCAGAGGAUGAGGAAAACAUGGAAAAGUCGAUUAUCCCGUCUGGGAUGCUGAAAAACAUCGGUCCAGUGGACAUUUCCAAAAGGCUCUUCAAGCGACUCCGCGAGUGCGAAAAUGUGAGAAAUGGAAAGCUGAGGGUUCAUGAUUAUGGCUACGACUGGCGACUCAGCCCUCAUCUCCUUUCCAGGAAGUUGAUUGAGUUUCUCAGAAGACUUCCGUCAAACCGAGGUGAAAACCGCAGUGGAGCGUUGGUGAUCGCUCACUCCUUGGGUGGCGUGAUAACCCGGCAUGCUGUAAAUGAAGCACCAGAAUUGUUUUCUGGUGUUGUGUAUGCUGGAGCGCCACAACGGUGUAUCAACAUCCUUGGGCCAUUGAGAAAUGGCGACGCGGUGCUACUGAACGAGAAGGUGCUGACGGCACACGUCAACUUCACCCUCCGAACAACCUGGGUGUUCCUCCCAGAGGACGGAUAUUGUUUCAUCGACAAGGUCACGAACGAAGAGUAUCCUGUGGAUUUCUAUGAUACAAAUGCAUGGGUGAAGUACCGCCUCUGCCCAAGCGUGAGCGACCCAGCCCUGCCACCGUUCACGGCAAAGCGUAGUGGGCCCCUGGGCUCGUUUCUCAGUCUCUCAGAAUUGUCCAUAUCCCGCGGCCGGAGUUCUAGCGAUCCUGCAGCUAAGAGACCGGGGCCAAAUGCCUCUCCCCAACGCAAGUUAGCGAAAGACCGGACACUUGCGCCCCAGAUGGAUACUUCAUCCUCGUCAACGGAACAACAGCAAGAAGAAAAAUACGCAGUCUCCCCCAAGGACAAAUCAGACCGCGCCAAGAACCUCGCGUACCUCGCACGCACUUUGGCCGACACCAAACGCUUCCGUGCGGAGCUCCAGCACAACCCGGCACACCAAUCCGCUAAUGCAUAUCCUCCCAUAGCUGUCAUCUACGGCAAGGAGAUCCCGACCGUUUUUGCGGCGCGAGUGGCAUGCCGCGAGGCAAUACCGUGCCAGGAUGCGUACGACAACCUGGCCUUUGGAUCCGGUGAUGGUGUGGUUCUGGCCAAACAGGCAAUGCCGCCUCCGGGUUACGAGAUUGCAAAAGGCGGCAGGAUCUCUACGGAUAAGGGGCACAUUUCGAUUCUAGGGGAUCUUAGUGCCGUCGGACAUGCAUUGCAGGCUGUGAUAAGGGGGCGGGCAAAAGGCAUUGGUUUAGGCGCAGAUCUGUCCGAGACGUUGUUUUGA